CGUGGCUGCAACAAUCUCAGACAACACAGCUCCUACUAUGGCAACAUUUUUUGAUGAGGCAACUGUUGGGUUAAUCGGCAUACAAUGUAAAGACAUGGUCCUGAAACAUGGCUACACAGACCGUUAUCAAACACCAGAACCCCUAUAUGAAGCCAUUGGAAAAGACGUCACAAUGCAGGUUCAAUAUGCCCGUUCAACAACUCCCAAUCCUAACUCAAGUGUUCUCUCCGUCAACGAAGUCUAUGACAGCAAGCUAAACAUCACAGCAACACCACCUUCACCUACCCAACAAACAACAUCUACUGCAGACAAAAAGUUGGCCCUAGAAUCAAAUGAAAACAGACCUUCAGCUAAACGUCAACUAUAUCAAUCAGAAGGCGUAAGCGACACCAAGAAACUCAGGUUCCCGGAAUAGGCCACUAACAAAUACCAGCCCAACUAAAAGAACGCAACCAACUGCAUCAGAAUGCACUACGUUUUGUACAUCUCAGUUAACCGAAGUAGUUGUUGUAAAUAAACUUAUGAUACGUUCGACAAAACCAUGGGCUGCCUUUUGUAUGUAGCAAUCACAUUUUGUAACCAUGGGCUGCCUUUUGUAUGUAGCAAUC